CACUUUAAGCCAAAGGUGGGUCCCACUAGGAAGCGCCCAUCGACGAAUCCAAUUCUCUGACACACACACACAAAAGAAGGAGAAGAAGGAGAGAAAAAGGAAUAUAGUCAUUUCUUGAGAACGACGUCGUUUCCAGCUUCGUUCUCCGUCUCCUACGUUCUCUUUUGGUUUGCAACGACUCUCCUUUGUCUCUCUCCCUUCUAUCUCAUUCACGCUGACUCGGAGAAAAGCGGGUGCCUUUCUUUUGCAUAAUGACUAACCUUGAUCAGAAAAAUGAGCAUGAGUGGAUAGAGAGGGUGAAAGCAGAAGGAGCUGUUCCACUUCUCGAACCAGAUAACUGUCCAAAUGGUUGGGCUUCACCCCCUGGAGACAAGUUCAUGGUAAGAGGUCCUGAUUACUUUUCGACCAGGAUUAAAAUUCCUGGUGGUGAAUGUCUUCUAAAGCCUCUUGGGUUUGACUGGAUUAGAGGUUCUACAAAAAUAUGGGAGAUCUUAAACCAUCCAAACAGCCGUGUUAGGAAGGCUCUUGAGGAAGAGUUUCCUGAGGGUGAUAAGCCUUUUGUUUGGGCUUUCAAUCUACAGGUUCCAAACAAGGAUAAUUAUAGUGCUGUUGCAUAUUUCCUAGCCACGGAACCUAUUCCAGAGGGGUCUUUGAUGGAGCAGUUCUUGAAAGGUGAUGAUGGGUUUAGAAAUUCCAGACUUAAAUUGAUUGCCAACAUUGUGCAGGGCCCUUGGAUUGUAAGAAAAGCGGUUGGAGAGCAGGCCAUAUGCAUAAUUGGCCGAGCCCUUACUUGUAAGUACUGUGUAUCAGAUAACUUCAUAGAAGUGGAUGUGGACAUUGGAUCUUCCAUGGUUGCAAGUGCAAUUGUUCAUCUGGCAUUUGGUUACAUCACUACCCUGACCGUUGAUCUAGCUUUUCUCAUUGAGAGUCAAACUGAAUCAGAGCUUCCAGAACGAAUAUUAGGAGCUGUCAGAUUCUCAGAGCUGAACCCUGCUUCAGCCAGACCUUUUGAAACUUCAACUGAGGAAACCACUGGUAGUUUACAGUCCUCUUUGCCUACAAGAUUAUGGAAAUCAAUUGGGCAGGGUUUCUCCAACCUUCUUCAAGGUGCUCCUGAAAGUGGUUCUGUCUCUGGUUCAUCUCGUGCCAAUGGGAUUGUUGAUCAUGAAGAAAGUGGAGAAGACAUAAAGAAAUGGUAAGUACUAUUAUCAUAUUUAGCUAUUAUUCAAAUUCAAUGUUAUAAUAAUAUCCAGAUCUUAGCCUCUUUUUCAUGUCAUGGAGAAGUUGGUGCUGGGACUGCAUUGUGAAAAUCCCUGCUAGUCAAAACACAUGUAGAUCAUUACUUUGUUGCUAAUAGAUCCUACCGAGUGUCCAAAAUGUGCUUCAAAUAUUUUGGGAUGCCACCUUCCUGGAACUAAAUUGAUUGGGAUGCCUAAUUUACCUAAUAAUAUGUAAUUUUUUUUUCUUAAAAUACUCCCCGCCAAUGAUGGACCUAGGGGCCUGCCUCAUCCAACAAUUUGAUAUACUCCAUGACCUUUUUUUUUUCUUCUCAUACUAAGCAAAGCUUUAGACUAUGUCUGUUUCCCUGGAAAGUUUCAGGGUAAGAAAAUAGGAAUAAAAAAUAUAAAGGAAAAAAAAGGCAAGAAAAAUUUACAAUUUUUCUCUUGUUUGAUUAUUCAUGAAAAAGUUGAGGGAAAAUAAUACUAAGAAAUAGACCUUCCACAAGCUUUUUCUAUCUUUUUUUAAGGAAAAUGAAAAAGAAAAUCUUCUAGUGUUUUCCUUCUCUUUUAGUAUCUUUCUCUCUUAUCUCUUUGUAUGGUAUCCAAUUCUAAGAAAAUUAUUUUGUUAACAUAUUUUCGCUUUCUUUAAUACUUUGCAAGAACCAAACCUAGGCUUAAGCUACAACAUUUUUUAGAUAUAUUUCCUUUAUUUUUGCUUUCUUUAACAUUUUUUACUUCACUUCCAUUGUUUCAUGGGUAAUCCCAAGUUGUAUGGUACUUCGGAAUUGAUUCGUUUGAUUGAUGUGCAAGCUCAAAACUUAGGAUCUAGUCUAUAUACUAUAAAAUUCCUGUUCUUGUUUGUUAUGUUUACACCUAAGAAAGAAGUUAGGUAGAGUGACAAGCUUAAUGAACGUAUAUUAGUGCUCAACACUCAUUAGCAGGAGUGAGUUUUGGAGCUUAUUUCAUGCCAUCUCUCUGAGUUGAGACCCCAUGUUUGUUGGGCAUUAAAUUCUGUUUCGGAGCCAUAUAUAAGACAAUAUAAACUUUAGACCAUGUUUGGAUUGGCUUUGGUGAAUGUUUGAUUUUAUUGGAAGAGCUUGUGCCUUAAAAGCUCUAUUUUUAACAUAUGUAGGAAGUUAUUCCAUGUUUAAUAAAAUCCCAAAUGGGACCUUGAUCAUUUCUCCUUUGCUUUUUUCAGAUGUAGUUUCUUUUUUCCACCCUGACAAUCUACGAAUUCAUUGUGAUAUAUGCAGAUGAAUGCUGGUGAAGACAAUCCAUUUGCUGCCAAUCAAAAUCUUCUGAUCUCACCUUCAACCUCCAUCUCUGAAAUCUUUUAGGCGUGGGGUAAACUGUAUGGUUAAAGGGAACUGAUGAAUGCUCUAUUUGGGGUCCUGGGUGUCUUGGUCAUUUUUAUUGUUCAUCAUUCAUGUGACAGGGUAUCAGAAUUGUUGGGAAUUAGGUAAAUCUGGAGUGCAUUCUUUGUCUAUAUAAUGAUGAACUUGCAGUUUUAUUA